AGGGUAUUUCACUAUUUGUGGUCUUCAGACAUUUUUGGCCACAAGAAAGAAGAAGGCCGGUGAAGAUGGAAGAUCUCCCACAACCACCGCAAGCCAACGCCUACACCACUUCUCCGUCGUCGUCAUCACUCAACAAUAACAGACGGCCGGAAACAGGUGAAGAUGAUAGUCGUAAUAAUAGUGAACCGGCGGUGGUUAGAUCAAGGUGGAACCCUAAACCGGAGCAAAUCCUUAUCCUGGAAUCCAUCUUCAACAGCGGCAUGGUCAACCCUCCCAGGGAAGAAACCAUCAAGAUUCGCAAACUCCUCGAGAAAUUCGGCUCCGUCGGGGAUGCCAACGUCUUCUAUUGGUUCCAGAACCGCCGCUCCAGGUCACGCCGCCGCCAACGACAGCUCCUUGCUGAGCAAGGCCAUGCAAGCGGCGGCGCGGCUGAUUAUACCGGAACCGGCGGUUGUGCCACCACCAGCGGCAACUACGUUUUGCAGUCACCGCCAUCUUCAAGUACUAGUUUUUUCGAGCCAAAUCGGCCAAUGGGAUCUUCUUCUUCUCCUUUCCAUGGGGGCAUAGAUGACGAGAUGUUGGGUUUUCCGUCGGGCGAAACGAUGACGAGUAUUCAAUAUGAUCCGGCGGCCGGAAUUGAGCAGAGCUAUUCGGUCAGCCCAUCCGUUAUGUGUCCCUCUUUCUCUCCCCCACAUGAUGCUUCUCAUAUGCCCUACCAACCUGCUGCUGGAUUAGUAACGGUGUUCAUUAAUGGAGUGGCAACGGAGGUUCCAAGAGGGCCAAUAAACAUGAGAGCUAUGUUCGGUGAAGAUGAGUUUGUGCUCUAUCACUCUUCUGGAAUUCCUUUACCAAUUAACGAAUUUGGGAUUUUGCUUCAGAGUUUAAGGCAUGGUGAAACCUACUUCCUGGGUAAUAUUGUUGAAACAGGUUUCAAGAACAUCCUAGAGUGAUAUGCACCCGUUGAAGACUGAUUUUGAAAUUCAGUGUAUUAGAAAUAUAUUUGUAACGAUAUUUUGUUAUUUACUCAACACUAGAUUCACAUUAUACGAAUUUGGUCGUAUUAUCUCAUUCACUUUUCUUCAAAAGUUCAUUUUUUUGCUUGCUUUGUGAGUGACAUACUCAACUAUAGACCUAUGGAAGAGGAAAGUGGUUCAGUUCAACUGGUUGCCGACUCACUCUCUCUUGUGGGAGGUUCCGGGUUCAAUAGUCCUUGGAGGGAGUUUGAUCCCACACGCCCCCUCCCCAAACCCCCCAGGGGUAAAAAAAAAAAGACUUAUGGAAUUGAAGCUUAAAGCAUCAAGCGGGAAAUCGGACCAAGUGUUU